AUGCCAUCAGAUCUAUCCAACUAUCUCGCAACGCACUACCUCAUCGCCGACCCCAAACCCUCCAAGAAGCGCAAGCGCAAGCAAAAAGACGACUCCACAGGCCUCAUAAUCGCCGACGAAACCGAAUCCGGCUGGACACGCGCGAACCGCGGCGAAAACGAUGACGAUGACGAAAAUGGCUCCGCAGUAGUAGCCGGGACCAGUGCCGAGUUCCGGCGGGCGAAGAAAUCCGCGUGGAAACCCGUCGGCGGCAGCGCAUCUAGCAAUAUAGGAGCCCAAGCCCAAGCUCAAGACACCGAAGCAGCAAGGGAAGCAGACGCCAUCCUCGCCUCCGCCGCCGCCGAGACAGCCGCAGCUGCAGCCGACGAGGACGCGUCAGACGCCCCCGCAGUCAUGAUGUCAGACGGCACGCACGCAGGCCUGCAAAGUGCAUCCGCGGUCGCCGCACAGCUCGAAGCACGACGACGCGCCGAGCGGGAAGAAUACGAGCGAGAGGGUGGCCACAAGAAGGGCAAAGGCGGCGAAGUAGAAACGAUAUACCGGGACGCGACGGGGCGACGUGUAGACGUGAGCAUGAAGCGGGCAGAGCUACGACGGGAGGCCGCCGAGGCCGCGGCUCGCGAAGCCGCUAAGACGGAGGCCCUGCGCGGAGAAGUCCAGAUCGAGGCGGCGCGGCGGCGACGCGAAGACCUCGAGGACGCCAAGGUUAUGACGGUGGCGCGGCACGCCGACGAUGAGGAUAUGAAUCGUGAGAUGAAGGAGCAGGUGCGGUGGGGUGAUAGCAUGGCGCAGUUUAUAGAGCCUAAGGGGGCGGGAGGUGGAGGUGGGAAGACGAGGAAGAUAAAGGGCAAGCCGACAUACCAGGGCGCAUGGACGCCGAAUCGAUACGGCAUACGGCCGGGGUACCGAUGGGAUGGUGUCGAUAGGGGGAACGGAUUUGAAGCAGAAAGGUUCAAGGCUAUCAACAGGCGGGAGAGGAACAAGGGCUUAGAAUAUUCGUGGCAGAUGGACGAGUAA